UCUCGCUCGGACCUUAAUUACCUCGAAUAUAUUUCGAAAAGAAAAACUUUUCUUCUGGCCACAUUCUGAAUUCGGUCAUGCGCAUUGCUGACAAUGAGCAUUUAACCGCUCAGUCGAAAGUUCCUGGCGAAGCCGCGCGGUCGCGGUCCUCUCCUCUCCGUUCCUCUGUCCCUUUCCCCUCGACCACUCGCACGAUCGGGAAGCAACAAGUGUUAGUGUUAACCAGCUCCUCGCCGUCGCCCCGCCCCCAACCAGCAGCCGUGGUCGGAGGAAUCGGUGGAAACUGCCCUGAGGCGAUGCAACCACCUCACUCGAGCGCCGAUCGCGCCAGCAUCCAGAAAUCAUCCUCGUCGUCGCAUAUCGGUUUCUCUAUCGCGCUCCGGCAUUUCCUCGCUUGGAAAACGAUACCGUGCCGCUACUUCGACGCAUUCGACCAAAUCCUCUUCGUAUACGCUGAAACAAAGUGCCAAGGAAGUGCCGUCUCGGCGAUUUCCCCAUUUUCCCAAGCCUCCGAACACCCGAUUCCAUCGAUUUCUCAAGGACAACGCGAUUUAGACACCAGUGAGCUACCGACGGUGUAGCCGUUCAGUGAGUUUCGUGCAAAGCAGCGUCUGUGAUUCGGUGAUCAAGUGCUCGGGGCCUGGUAUCUUAAGAAGAUACGACGAGAUCGUUUCGUGGCCCAGAGAAAGCGGAAGCAUCGUAAUCUGCCGGCGGCGAGGAGAAAGAAGAUCGAGAAAAAGAGUGUUCCAACGAUAGUGGUUCCUAGAAAUCGAAGAAUCGCUUGGAAUAUAUUCGCAACAGCUUCGCGUGGAACGUCGGUGUCGCGGAGAGAGGCCUGCCGAUAGCGUAAACGAAGAAAGGGAGCAAAACGUUCGCGGUUGCACAAAGAAGAACAGAUUAGGAGUGCCUGCGGAGCGACCGCGAGGAAAAAAGAGGACCGAGAUCUCGAGCACAGCCUGACUAUGCGAUCCCGCGGCGCAUUUGUUGCUCCGUGAUCGAGUGAAAAAUUCAUUGAAACCCUGCGACGUCGAUAACUCGCGUCAGAGAAAACUACAGAAGGAGCAUCGACGUCGUGGAAAGGAGUUGGCGAAACGGAAGUGACGCGUGUACCAUGAUAAAACGGUAACUUCGAUCGAAGAGAGUUCUCUGGAUCGAACGAUGAACGGUGCACGAUAAACAUUAUAGAUUCGGUUCGUACAAGUUCGUCGCGCGUUUUUUCCGUUUGUUUUCUCGUUUUCCCUGUCGCGAACAAGGACAAGAUGAAGGACGUAAUGGGAGAGACGUCGGGUACCAUUUCGUCGAGCAAUGCUGGUAAUAACAGCAAUGGUAACGUGAACAACAAUGGAAUGGCAUCCGCUGUUGCGGCAGCUGUCGGUGCCAAUGGCGGCGAAAAGAUCAGCGCGGCGGUCACCAAGGUUCUUCAGGGAUACGACUGGACCCUGGUACCAGUUGCUACCAAGGGUUCCGGCGAUAAAAGGGCGGCCCACGUGAAGAGGCCCAUGAACGCGUUCAUGGUGUGGGCCCAGGCUGCCAGGCGAAUCUUGGCCGAUCAGUACCCUCAGCUUCACAACGCAGAGCUCUCCAAGACCCUAGGGAAACUUUGGCGGUUGCUCACUGACAACGACAAGAAACCCUUCAUCGAGGAAGCUGAUCGCCUUCGCGUGAUCCAUAAACGCGAACAUCCCGAUUACAAGUACCAACCCCGUCGACGAAAACAGAAUGGACCGUCUGGAAGAGAAGGCUCACCCUCGAGGAACCAAAGCAACGUCACCUUCAACGUGUCCAGGCUGAAGCAGGAGCCUCCUCUGAAAACGGAGCACUCUCUGAAACAGGAAGACAUGAGUCCCAGGGGCGCGCAGAGCCUCAACUCGCCUCAGAGCGGAGACAGCUCGUCUCCACCUACUACCCCCAAUCAAGGACUCUCCCCACCGACCCCUCCUACCACUCCUCGAGGGCAACAUUUCGUCAAUCAGAGCAAUCAGCCACAGCAGAACAGUACCAUCUACCAGCAGGAUCUCGUGUUGACGUCCUUGAACGACUCUCUGCAUCAGCAGCAAUGCGGAGUCGACUUCCGGUACAUCCAAGGUGGCGAGGAGCUUCCAAUCGAGGAUGGCCAACUGAACGGACUGGGAACGCUGGGAGGUGUUGGUCUGAACAUUCCCCUGAAUCUACAGGAGUGCGAGGUCGAGAGCAACGAGCUAGAUCAAUACCUUCGACCACAGGCGCCACUGGUUCACUCAUCUACCCCAACGACCACCUCAUCCCCGUGGAUAUUCAACAGAUACGAGGAGGAGGAGAGACCGAACAAACGGCACUGCUCGGAGCAGACGAUCCUCGAGUCGUCCUGGGACGACAGGCCCCAGGAGAUGGUCAGGUACCAUGAACUCCAACCACCCUUGCCCUCGAUGCAGUACAUAUCCUCUUCCCACAACGCGCACUACUCGCACGCAGGUACGCAGAUGAGCCACCCCCACGUGUCAACGUCUUACGCGCAAUACCAACGUUACGUACCUGGCAUCGAAGCUUGGGCCCACUACAUGUAGAGUAAACCUAAUCUAAUAUCGCGGAGAGUAAUAGCACCAUGUCGCUAUCAGUCCAGUCACUUGACGAAAAUAUUCUUAUCAUCCAGCUGAAUUUUUUACACUUUCAUUUAAUCGUUGCAGACAAGGUGUAAAUAAAAUAGUGAAUCGUUGCGUGGAUUACAUUUUCUUCGGGUUCCAAUAGUUUUUCAGUUUUUUUUUUUUUUUGUGUAGGGUCAAUAGUUUAUAACGAUGAAAAAUUGGAACGGGAGUGACUGGACUAUAUCGUUGAAGAAUCGUCUUUGAGCGUCCAAUCGGGGACGUCGGAAAAUAGCCAAAUAUGCGAAGCAGUUAACGAUUAAUUGUAGCGUUAGGUGUUUUAUGUUUAAGAACGCGAGACGGGGGGGGGGGGGGUAUAGUGUCCGUGAUUUUGUCACACGAACAGCGCAGAAACUCGGUGGCUACUUCGUUUCAGGAAUGCUUGAAGUCAUCUAAAAAGCAAAUACUCGAGCAGAAGCGAAUCUAGACUUUCGAAACGCGAAGCUUAUGAUUUUUAGGGAUGCUUCUCUUUUAUCUGAAACGCUUUUACUAUGGGACAAAUGUUAUCGAUCAGUGGAAUAAUUAUUAUUCCUCCAAUAGUAGAAAUAAAAGUUAUAUGCGAAUAUAAAUUUAUUUAGAAACUAUAUUAUUUGAAAUUGUUUAGUAUGCAUUGCUUCUUUAAAAAGAAAAAUUCUUCUUUUUCUUUUUAAAGGCUCUAAUAAUUUGAUCAGUGACUUUAGAUAAUCAAUCAAUAUUUGUUAAAUCGUGUAAAUCACAGCUUCGAAGCUCCUGGGUGCCAUAAACUUCGCUAGUCGAGUCGAUGCCAUCAAAAUUCGAGAGUCUUCGAGUUUCUGAUGUCUGACCAUAACAUCAUCAGGCAAUACGCGUUAUAGGGGAUCGAGAAAGCGAUACGCGUUCGCGUGCACGGCAUAGCAGAGGCACGAUCUUACUCCAUGACAUCAUUCCAUGACAGCCGGCCAUUCCAAAGCGCAGAAUUUCAGGCUAAAUAAACAGUCCGCUCGAUACGGUGCCCCGCGGCGAUCCAAAUAUAAUAAGUAUAUAAGGCACGAACUAUAAACUGACCGCUAGCGAAUCGUGCAGUUUGUUAUGCGCCACGUGUACCAAAGUGUACGGCACACUCUUCAAAUAAACUCGCGAAACUCGAUCGGUCGCAAUAUCCACGUGGCGGAGAUUUAUUUGAAACUAGGAGGAAAAACGGGUGGACCUUGAACCCGUCUUCGAGGAUCGAGUUUGCAUCGUGUAGAGUCGCUAUUGCACUCGAAAUGCAUCGAAAGCUUCUAAUGAAACGCAUCUAAUGAAACACCAAUGAUUAAUUUAUUUAUCGGUAUAUUUAUUAUUGAGAUCCACGAAAACCCCAUUUCAUUGUUAAUUUUGAAAUCGAGGAGAUGUCCGUCUUAAUCGAUAUUAAUAACGUUUUAUUAUUUACAAUAUUAUUCAAAAAUUGUAAGAUAAUAACUUCGUUAUCAAAGUGCACGCAAAGUUAUUAAAGAAAUGAAACAAACCAAAAAGCUGUUUAUCUACCAUUCGUUGGAUAAAAUUUACAUCCAGAUUAGAGAUUGUUCAUCCCUGACGAUUUUGUAAUUUAUCCAAAAAGGGAAGAUCGUGGCGCCGUAUCGAGCUAUCGGCAACGAAUUCAACGACUAUCGAAGCACGCUAGGUCACGUAAUUAACGCAGAUGCUUAACCUCUAUUCGUUACUACGCUGACAGUCGUGCUUUUGUACUUAGCAUAUUUAUUGUACCGCGUAUAAAGAGCCCACUAAAGCGUAGAUGAUCAGUCGUAAUAUGUGAGCGUUAUUACGAGCGUUUAAAGGCUAAUUUAUACACAUAAGUGUCCGACGAUGUAUUCUAAUUUUUAGGAAUAAA